AUGGCGCCGCCGCCGCCGCCGCGCUCCUUCAGCGCCGCCGAGGUGCGGGCGCGCUGCGCGCAGGGCGCCUGCCUGGUGCGCCGCCGCCGCCGCCUCUACGACCUGACGGCCUUCGUGCGCCUGCACCCGGGCGGCGAGCGGCUGCUGCGGGAGCGCGCCGGCACCGACGUGAGCGCCGCGCUCGACGGGCCGCCGCACCGGCACUCGGCCAACGCCCGCCGCUGGCUGGAGCAGUACUACGUGGGCGAGCUGGAGCCCGCCGCCGGCGCGCAGGUACCGCGGGAAAACCGAGCGGGAGCUCCCGCCGGGUUACCGUCGACGCCGGCGGCGAUGGAUCCGCGGUGCAGAACGGUGGAUCCGGACAAGGACCUGGUGGACUGGCGCCAGCCCCUGCUGUGGCAGGUGGGCUACCUGGGCGAGAAGUACGACGAGUGGGUGCACCAGCCCGUGGAUCGGCCCAUCCGCCUCUUCCACUCGGACUUCGUGGAGGCCCUCUCGAAGACGGCGUGGUACGUGGUCUUCUUGGUGUGGACUCCCGUGGUGCUCUAUCUCAGCUGGGUCAGCUACACGUCCCUGGCUCGGGGCGACACCAGGCUCUUCUCGUCCUUCACGACAGAGUACUCCAUCCCCGUGCACAAAUACUACUUUCCCUUCAUCUUCCUCCUGGGGAUGUGCCUGUGGUCCCUGAUAGAGUACCUCAUCCAUCGCUUUGUCUUCCACAUGAAGCCACCUGCUAGUAACUACUAUCUCAUCACCCUGCAUUUCUUGUUGCAUGGCCAGCACCACAAGUCUCCCUUCGACAGCUCCCGCCUGGUCUUCCCUCCCGUGCCGGCGUCGCUGGUGAUCGGCUUCUUCUACGGGCUCCUCCGCCUCCUGCUGCCCGAGGUGCUGGGGCUCUCCUUGUUCGUCGGCGGGCUCUGCGGCUACGUGGUCUACGACAUGAUGCAUUAUUACCUCCACUACGGCUCGCCGAAGGAAGGCACUUACCUGUACGGCCUGAAGGCUUACCACGUAAAGCACCACUUUGAACACCAAAAAGCAGGCUUCGGCAUCAGCACCCGCUUCUGGGAUUACCCCUUCCGGACGCUCAUCCCCGAGGAGACCUUUGAGAAAGAGGACUGACGCCCCCGGCGCGGCACCCGGCUCGACGGCUCCCUGCUGCUCGCCCGCCCCGCCGGGACGGGGCUCACGCGCUUCCCCGGCGGCCACGCGGCGCCCGCAGGCCCCGGCCAGCCGCCGGGGCGGUGAGGCAGCCGGCUCCUCCAAGCAUGGCCGGCCCUGCCUCUCCUUC